ACAAUUUACCAAUUCGUUUUAUUUGCUAAAGUGUACUAUUUAUUAAGAUAAAAUAAUAAAGUAUCUUUAAAGAUGUCUGAAAGAAAAGUUUUAAAUAAAUACUAUCCCCCGGACUUCGAUCCGUCAAAAAUUCCUCGCAUGAAAUUGGCGAAAAAUCGUCAGUAUACUGUUCGAUUGAUGGCGCCGUUCAAUAUGCGCUGUGUCACAUGCGGUGAAUACAUCUACAAAGGAAAGAAGUUCAAUGCCCGUAAAGAAGAUGUAGAAAAUGAAGAUUAUUUAGGCAUUAGGAUUUAUAGGUUUUACAUAAAAUGUACUAGAUGUCUGCAAGAGAUAUCAUUUAAAACAGACCCCAAGAACACAGAUUAUGAAAUAGAGGCAGGUGCAACAAGAAAUUUUAUGGCUUUGAAACUGGCUGAGGAGCAAGCUAAACGGGAAGAAGAGGAACAGAAAGAAGAAGAGGCAAAUAACCCAAUGAAACUAUUAGAGUACAGGACCGAACAGUCAAGACAAGAGAUAGAGCUUUUAGAGAGUCUGGAAGACCUAAAAGAAUUGAAUAGACGGCAACAGUCAGUUGACUAUGAGAGUAUGUUGAAGCAAUAUAAAUCAGAGAGUGCGGAAGAAAGAAAAGCAAGGGAGGAGAGAGAAGACAAUGAAUUCAUUAAGUCUGUAAAAUUCAACAAUCCAAACAAACACAAAGUAGUUGCCGAAGAAAUCAUAGAAGAAGUUCUAGAUGAAGGUGAACCAGCAACAAAGAGUAUAAAAAAGGAAAUACAACCUACAAAAUCAAAUGAUAUGAAAAAGAAUGAAUCGUGGAACAGAAGUAUAGGUGUCAUAGCAAGGAAGCCACUGGUUAACCUAGUUAAAAAGAAAUCAAGCGAACCUGUCACCAAAAUAAUAGACAAGGAAAAAUAUAUCAGUGAAACAGAUAAAAAAAUACCAGAGACUAAAUCGAGUGAUGUGCCAAGUGUUGCCAGUGGUAGUGGUGGACUUAAUCUAUUGGCUGGAUAUUCAGGCAGUGACAGUGAUUCCUGAAUCGGGAGUCGACGUAGCGGCGCGACGCGGCAUGUGCUGAAACCCAUCGGUACCUCAGCGGUGACGUCAUCGGGCGCAGGCUGCCGAGCGCCGGCCGCCGAGCGCCUGCCGAGCGCCCACCAAGGACAGUAAACAUUCAACAGGUCAACGCUCGCCGCCGUCUCUAGCCAGCUUUUUUCAUUUCGGCCCUGACUGUCCUACGAUCUCUUCAUGAUUAAAGAGGC